CCGCCUCUAGCAGUCAGUCGGAGUACAUGGCGACUGCGGCAAGGAACUGGGGCGAGCGAGGGGAAAGGCAAAGCGGAUCUGUAACCAUCAUUUCUGGGCCAUUUUAGUUCUCCAUAUGAAUGUGACCGGGCCUGUUAUCUGGAAAUAAAAUGGAUGGCAGCUUUGAUUGUGAUUGUGGUGAGCUGGAGCCACCUGAUCAUUAACAGACGCCUUCUUCUGUAAUUUAAGUUCUGCCACGGUUUCCUCUUCAAAUGCACUGUAUACCAAUACCGAAAUAAAAUAAUUUAUAGUGCUUACUAGCAUUAUAGAAUGAAGCUGCUCAGGACCAGUUUAACACUGAAUGUAUCUGCACUGUGAGGAGGAUGUUUGAAAAAGUCUUUUACGUUCAUAUUUAUUUACUCUUUUGUUAAAUGUCAAUUUUUUGCACACUAGAGCCACAUGCGUAGUAUGUCAUUUCAUUCCGCGUUAGUUCCUCUGAGUGUUUUCCUUGCUGUCUUUUGGGAUGCUGCAUCUCUUAUGAACUAUGAAUACUAGCAUUUUUUUACAUUCAAAGUUGCAGAGCUUUAGGGUCUUUUUUGGAAUAUUCCAGGCCUGGAAGGCUGAUAUGCAAUGAAAUUUGGUGGAAUCCAUCUAUAAGGAGUGUUUUUUUUUUUUUGUUUUGUUUUUUUAAUUUUUGUGGGAUCUUUAAUGUAUUUUUCCCAAUUCUGUCUAAAUUUAUUAAGAUACCAGCAGUGAUUUAUUCUCAAAUAUUUAGUGUAAACUAAACUUGAGAGCAAAGAAAGAGUGGUCACCAAAAUGGCAGAAAAGUUUGAAAGCCUCAUGAACAUUCAUGGAUUUGAUUUGGGAUCCAGAUAUAUGGACUUAAAACCUCUUGGCUAUGGUGGGAAUGGCUUAGUUUUUUCUGCUGUUGAUAAUGACUGUGAUAAGCGGGUGGCUGUGAAGAAAAUCGUUCUGACCGAUCCUCAGAGUGUCAAACAUGCUCUGCGAGAGAUCAAAAUUAUCCGGAGACUUGACCAUGAUAACAUUGUGAAAGUUUUUGAAAUCCUCGGUCCUAAUGGAAGACAGUUAACAGAUGAUGUGAGCUCUUUAACAGAGUUGAACUGCGUUUACAUUGUCCAAGACUACAUGGAAACUGAUCUUGCGAAGCUGCUAGAGCAGGGCCCCUUAAGAGAAGAGCAUGCAAGGCUCUUCAUGUACCAGCUGCUACGUGGGCUUAAGUAUAUCCAUUCUGCUAAUGUGCUGCACAGAGAUCUUAAACCAGCAAACCUUUUCAUAAACACAGAAGAUCUAGUGGUAAAAAUUGGAGAUUUUGGUCUUGCGCGUAUUAUGGAUCCCCAUUAUUCUCAUAAGGGACAUCUAUCUGAAGGACUUGUAACAAAAUGGUACAGAUCUCCCCGACUUCUUCUCUCUCCCAACAAUUACACUAAAGCAAUUGACAUGUGGGCUGCUGGAUGCAUCUUUGCAGAAAUGUUAACUGGAAAAACGCUUUUUGCAGGUGCACAUGAGCUUGAACAGAUGCAGCUGAUCCUGGAAUCAAUACCUGUUGUGCAUGAAGAAGACCGCCAAGAGCUCCUCAAUGUAAUCCCAGUGUAUAUCAAAAAUGAUAUGUCAGAGCCGCAUAAGCCUUUAACACAACUGCUUCCAGGCAUCAGCUCAGAGGCGCUGGAUUUUCUGGAACAAAUAUUAACAUUCAGUCCCAUGGACAGACUAACAGCAGAAGAAGCUUUGUCUCACCCAUACAUGAGCAUUUACUCUUUCCCAAUGGAUGAGCCAAUUUCAAGCCAUCCUUUUCACAUUGAGGAUGAGGUAGAUGAUAUAUUAUUGAUGGAUGACAGCCACAGCCAAGUGUAUAACUGGGAAAGAUACCAUGAAAGCGAUUUUUCAGACCAUGAUUGGCCUAUACAUAAUAAUUUUGAAGUUGAUGAAGUUCAGCGUGACCCUAGGGCACUGUCUGAUGGUAGUGAUGAUGAAGAAGUACAAGUGGACCCCCGCAAAUACCUUGAUGGAGACCGGGAAAAGUAUCUUGAAGAUCCUGCAUUCGAUCCCCACUUUUCUACUGAGCCUUGCUGGCAAUAUCUAGAUCACCAUGAAAAUAAAUAUUGUGAUCUGGAAUGUAGCCAUACAUGUAAUUAUAAAAUGAGGUCUUCCUCUUAUUUAGAUAACUUAGUAUGGAAGGAGAGUGAAGUUAACCAUUAUUAUGAGCCAAAACUUAUCAUUGAUCUUUCUAACUGGAAGGAACAAAAUAAGGAGAAGGCAGAUAAGAAGGGGAAAUCCAAAUGUGAAAGGAAUGGUUUAGUAAAAGCUCAGUUAGCGCUAGCAGAAGCUUCACAGCAACUGGUUGAGAAGGAAAGGGAAAAGCACAAAGAAUUUGACUUUGAUUCAUUUAUUGCAGGUACUAUUGAGCUUAGUUUGCAGCAUGAUUCCUCUUGUGUAGACAAACUCAAUGACUUAAAUAGCUCAGUGACACAACUUGAAUUGAAGAAUUUGAUCUCAAAGUCAGUUAGCAUGGAGAAACAAGAGAAAGGAAUGGCCAACUUAGCACAGUUGGGUGCCAGAAAUCAGAAUUCUUGGGACAGCCAGAUUGUAAGUGGGGAAGACUGCUUUCUGAAAGACCAGUUUUGUUGUGAUGUAAGGAAAGAUGAUCAUGUUGAGAAGGAAACCAGCUAUACAAGUUACUUAGAUGAUUUUUUUAGCAAAAAAGAAGAGACAGAGGUGACAGAAACAGAGAUAUCAGGAGAUGGAAAGGUCGGUGUUAAAGAUUAUGAUGAUGGCCUGUUGAGUUUUAAUGGAGACCUCAUCCUUAACAAGCAACUGGAUUGCAUAGGUAUUCCUCAGUUUCAUAAUCCUGUUGGCUCCCCACUAAAAUCUAUACAAGCCACGUUGGCUCCCUCUACCAUGAAAUCCUCCCCUCAAAUUCCUCACAAAACCUACAGCAGCAUUCUGAAACAUCUGAACUAAAACACUCAGUCCUUUUUCUUUUUGUAUCCUUUUUUAUUUUUUACUUUAGUUUUCUAUAUUUUUUUUUACUUGAAUUGUAAUUUUAGUAUGUGUUUAGGGAUGUAGUUUUGUUUACCUUUGUCUUACUUUCUCACAUUAAUUUUAAACUGGCAUGGCAUUUGCACACAAUAUAAAGAUUCAAAAUAAUGCAAUGCAGGUGGAAACAGAAAUAAUGCACUAAAUGAAGUAUAUCAAAAUCAGUUGCUAUGUUUUGGAAAUAAAAGAUCUUGCCUUGAUGAUAACACAGUGAGACUUUACAUUAUUGCAUGAAAAUGUCAGUGUCUUACCCCCCAUUUUCUGCUUGCACACUCAGUUUUUAUAUCCAUUUCUAAAGCACAUGAUACCAGCAGCAACUGAAGAAUGCAUAUAUUGGUACGCAUGUGUUAUCUACCUCAAGGUAACAGCAGUAUGUGGCCAAUCCGUAGCCACCAGUAGUGCUAUUCAUCAUGCACCUUUGUUAAGCCAGCAUUAUUGUAGUAGAUAUUCAUUAACUGAGAACUUCAAAAUAUUUAUAAAUGUUCUGGGAUGCAUCCUAUGUAGUGAAGUGUUUAAUAUGCAGUAUUUUAUUUAUUUGAUCACAUAGAGAUGUCCUGUAUUUAAAAUCAUUUUCUGAAACACAUUUACAGCUAAUUGUUUAGAAUUAUGGUUUACUGUCUACGUUGUUGCAAAUUUAAGACUUUGCCUCCUGCUUGCUUCCCCCCCUCCACCCUUUAUGUUUUCAUUUCAAGGAAGGCGCUCACUGUGUAUAGGAAUUCGUAUUUUCAAAAAGCUUGAUUGACUUCUGCAAAAUAUAGGAACAUCUUUAAUAUUAAACUCCUAAAAACUAUAAUUUUUUUCAAAUUUUGUAAUGCAAAAACAAACCGCAUGCAUGGAAAUAAUUAUGGUACAACAGAACUGUAAAUUAAGAUUUGUGUAUGUUUUCCCAUUUUGGAUUUUACUGUAUAUGUUUUUACUGAACUUAUUUUGUUUGAAACCUGCAUGAAAAGAAUAUAGCAUGUAGUGGUAUCUCAUUUCUCCAGAAACUUGCUUUGCCUCUGAAUUUUGCAUACUAUUUAUGUACUAUUGGUUCCCCUUAUUUAAAAAAAAAAUAAAUAAAAUAUGGCCAGCAAGAAA